AUGACCCCCGUGUACCAAAACCACGAUGCCGAGGGCCAAUGCUGGCAGCUCGGGGCUCCGGAUGACGGCACGGCAGGAUGGCGACUUGCCGACGUCACUGCCAUUCCCCCUUCAGGGAUAGGCUGGUACCGGGAUAUACAUCGACAGAUGUCCCCAGUAGAGAGGAAUCGGGAAUACGCCAGUAUCUAG